AUGGCGCGCGACUUUGAAAUCUCUGCGAUGCCUGUAAACAGCGGAAUAUGGGCCGACCUGGUUUCUCUCGAUCCCAGCUUUCCCACGGGCAAUUGCACAUGGCCCAACUACCGGUCCGUUGAGAUAUGCAAUCAAUGCACAAAUGUCGAUACCUCAAGGGUGGUGCUCGCUGGGUGGGACUUUUCUUCAUUCAACUACAGUCCCCACGAGAACCAAUCGAUACCGCUCAGUAUAUCGAUGGUGGAUGGCCAGUGGUUCAACUCUUCGAUCGAGAUAUUUUGGCGCAAAGCUGAGUUCUUUCGUGUGUAUAUCCCCAGCGACCUUUACUUUCACGAUGGACCAAACAUAACCCAUGGUUCCGAAAUCAAAUUCGUGGCGGGGGUUCCGAAUCCCUUGGCCGUGGUUACACAUGCCGUGCUGAAUCUUCCAGCCACCUGGAGUUCGAACGCAUCUGUGUUGCGGACAGCGAUCCAAGUGACCAAGGUCACCCAGUGCGCAUUCACAGUCUGUGCAAGGACAUACAACGCCUUUGUCAGCAACGGAGUCGCCUCGGUUGAAACCCUAGACGAAGACAUGGGGCUCCCAAUGCUGGAAACCCAGCUCAAGUCUGAUGAAAAAUUGGACCACAGCGGGACAGUGGGAAUGAGAUUACGCCAGAACCGACCCGGUCAACUAUUAGUUCUGCGGAUUGGACUCGGCGCGCUACCGGUGUACGAGAUGGGCCUGGUGACCACGAUGGGCAAGAUUGCUGCCGCCCUCUCCAAGCUGGCCUGCACCUAUAGCAAUAAUUCGAUCUAUGGCGUCGUCACCACCCAGGACUCCUAUGUUGUUGUGCAAUGGCCGUGGUUGGCCCUGCCAUUCGUGCUUCUUGUGGCCGGGGCGGCUCUUCUCAUCGCCACGGCGCUCAUGACCGCACACGACGGGGUUAGCGUGUGGAAAUCCUCCGUCCUCCCUCUUCUGUUUCAUGGGCUGGAGCCCAACCUGGUCACUCGCGACAUGGUAAGGGACCGUGGUCCAUGUGAAGUGGCGAGCGAGAUGGAACAGGUGGCUGGUGAAUUGAAUGUGAGGUUGGGACCAUCAGAGGAAGGAGGGAGAACAAUGCUUCGAGGAGAGACACGCAGCGUCGAGCCUGCUGUGGGCCAAUUGCUUCGCCGCCGUCGAACCUUCUAG